UCUACCUGCCAGAAAUCUUCACUACGAAGGAAGUGACUACCACCACGCACUAGAUCUUCCACCGCCGGUCAACAACAACCAUAACAACAACCCUCUUUCUGAAAACACACGUAAAAUGUCCACUCAAUCUCAACCCUUCAAAAAUCAGACCACAGAUGCGGUGCAGCAUAACCAGUCCUUCCCAACACCAGAGCGCGAACCCGACUACUCCUCCCAAAGUAGCGAUACAAACUCGCCCGGCGCUUUCAGACCUCCUUCACCAACCCCCUCUCUACAACGACAACUUGACAGCCUCUACAAUGAAAUACGCCUUUCUUCAACACUGCGGCUCGAAAACAACCAGUAUCGGCCACAAAUCUCAAACAUCAACGACUGCUCCGCCUUCGUCACCUUGUCCUCCCCUGUACCACCAGAGUCCUCUUCAAGUGUGCCAUCGUCUCCCGAGGAGGACUCGCAUUCAGAGCGCUACUGGAUGACUGCAGAUGGGGAGUUGUGGGAGGACGUGAAUCAAGUUAUGCAGAGGGGACUGCCUAGGAGAAAGAAGAGGCGCAGGGGGAGGAGGAGUGAGUUGUCGGAGGCGAGGGGCGAUGAUAAUGAGGAGGAUGAUAGGAGGGAGAAGACGUGGUGGCUUGUUUUUGGGGGAUCUCUGCUGGUUGUGCUCGGGUUUGUGGGGUACGGAGCUUGGGUUGAUGCGAGGAGUGUGAGUGGGUAG